CUGCAGCGCUGAUGCAUGCCGUGGUGUUUGGAAACGUGACGGCCAUCAUUCAGAGGAUGUACUCGCGCCGCUCGCUCUACCACACCCGCACCAAAGACCUGAAGGACUUCAUCCGGGUGCACCGGCUGCCCAAAGCCCUCGAGCAACGCAUGCUCGAGUGCUUCCAGACAACCUGGUCCGUCAACAACGGGAUCGACGUCAGCGAGCUGCUGAAGGACUUCCCUGACGAGCUGCGUGCGGACAUCGCGAUGCACCUGAACAAGGAGCUGCUGCAGCUGCCUCUGUUCGAGUCUGCCAGCAGGGGGUGUCUGCGCUCGCUCUCCCUCAUCAUCCGGACCUCCUUCUGCGCCCCGGGGGAGUUCCUCAUCCGCCAGGGGGACGCCCUGCAGGCCAUCUACUUCGUCUGCUCCGGGUCCAUGGAGGUGCUGAAGGACAACACGGUGCUCGCCAUACUGG